AUGACUCAAAGACUUUUGCUUUCCAAGCAUCCGUUUUUGUCGCUCCCGUAUUCUCGUCGUAAAGGUACUUCUUCAGGGAGACCACCACGAGGCGCAACGAAAGCGGCCGCAAAGGAUGACGACGUAAACGAGGAGACUUCUUCUUUUUCCCCGGGAAGUAAUCUUUUGAGGACGAGCACCGGAGGAGGAGGAGUUGGCACGUAUUACCAAACGGGCGAUGUUAUCAAAGAAGAGUACGUGGUGAAAGACUUACUCGGGACCGGUUCGUACGGGGAAACGUUGUUGUGCGAGCACUUGGUGGGAAACGUUAGAGAAGAGGUGGCUUUGAAAGUUUUACCUUGGGAAAGUUUGAAGAAAAUGAGUGCUGGCGGAGGCGCGAAUAAUGACGCGUCGCCUUGGAAAGCGUUAGAUUCGUUCGAGCGCGAAUCGAAAGUUUUACAAUCCAUCGAUUAUGAGACGAUACCGAAAUACGUGGAGCACUUUGAGAUUGAGAAAGGGACGAAGAGUGGAGAUUUGGAGUUUGUGUUGGUGCAAAAAGUGGCGAAAGGCAAAUCGUUGACGGAGUUGGUGGAAAGCGGAACGUGGCGCCCAUCCGAGCCGUUCGUGAAGAAGAUGUUGGUACAACUGUUAGAAACGGUAUCGUAUUUAGAGACGCUCAGGCCGCCGGUGUGGCACAGAGAUAUUACGCCGAAUAACGUCAUCGUAGAUAUGGAGAACGAGACGAUAAGUUUGGUGGAUUUUGGUGCGGUCGCGGAGAGCGCCGUGUCCGGCGGAAUGGAGAUGACGAGAGUCGGUACUUCGGUCGGGACGUUUGGGUAUGCCGCGCCUGAACAGUUACAAGGAAGAGUAGGAAAGAAGAGUGAUCAAUACGGAGUUGGGUCGACGAUUUUGUUUGCCAUGAGCGGGUGCCCGCCGAGCGCGUUCCCGAGCGAGAGAUUAAAAAUUGCAUUCAGAGGGAGAGUGACUAUCGACGAUCGAGACAUCGAAAGGUGUCUCGAUAUUCUAUUAGAACCGUUGCCGGAGGACAGGUUUCGAAACGCCAAGGAGGCGUUAGAGUUGUUAGAAAGAGGCGCGCAAAGAAGAGAAGAGAUGAAGAAUAAUAGCACUAGAAACGGUAGCACUAGCAGACAACAAGAUAGGUAUUACGACGACGAGUACUACCAGGAAGACGACGGGUACUACGACAACAGAGGACAAUAUUACGACCCGUACGAUCCGUAUUACGGUCGAACAACCUUCGGCGCUCCGGGGUUUAGCACGACGAUAUCCUCGGAACUAGAAUCGAAACGACCGAAUCGAAGGAAGAAACCGGCAAACACGAAAGUGCAAGUGUAUCGAAACGAAGACACGAAAGAACUGGCAAUUUUAAUCCCUCCCGCGGGGUUCACCGGGAAUAGCGCCAUGUCAGGGGGCUUUGCGAUAGCGUGGAACGCGUUCGUAGCCACGUGGACGGUUGGUGCCUUGGCAUCUGGCGGAGCGUUCUUCGCGUUAUUUUCCAUCCCGUUCUGGCUCGCAGGCGGUCAAAUGGGGAAGAGCUUCAUCGACGAAACCUUUGAAUCUGCGGAAAUUUCCUUGACGGAUACCGACUUUAACAUCGUCACGAGGACGAUCGGUAAAAAAGAAUACGUGAAUGAUUCGGGGAGUAUUGAGGACGUUUCCGGCGCGGAGGUCAUCGUCGAGAGCAUCACCAACGGGAUUCCAAAUUCAAUCAUUUCCAUGGAAGUUGGCGCGAAGUCGUAUAAGUUUGGACGCGGCUUAAAACCGGUAGAGUUAGAUUUCGUGGCUGGUGAAAUUAACGAUUUCGUCGAUAAGCGUUGA